ACACCCCUUCAAGUGCCAUUUGGUCGCAUUGGGUGCAUAAAUAAUGUGCAAUUUGCACUUCAGUAACCAUCAAAUGGUAAGCAAUUUGCACUUCGAUAGACGGAGUUCGGGUUCCAACACACCACUCUAUAUCAGUCUCCCCCUCUUCUAUACCUCUCAACACCCCCGCAAUCAAAACCAAAUUAAAGCACUCGUAUAUCAUCGUCUUUUUUCAGGCAGCUGCGAUGCCUCACUCCUCUUCCAAGCCGUCCCCUCCGCUUCACCGCAUCGGCGGCAAGCCGGGGUCGAUGACCGCCACCGUCGGCGCCUCGGUGCGGUGCAUAGGCCAUGGCGUACCUGACGUGACUUCGCGACACCACGAGCACGCGGUUGGGGCCAACCAGUGCUGCUCGGCCCUGGUGCAGCACGUCGCGGCGCCGGUUGCCACAGUGUGGUCGGUGGUUCGGCGCUUCGACCAGCCGCAAGCCUACAAGCACUUCGUGAAGAGCUGCCACGUGAUCGACGGCGACGGCGACGUCGGGACGCUGCGGGAGGUCCGCGUCGUGUCCGGCCUGCCGGCGGCCACCAGCCGCGAGCGCCUGGAGAUCCUGGACGACGAACGUCACGUGCUCAGCUUCCGGGUGGUCGGCGGGGAGCACCGCCUCGCCAACUACCGUUCGGUGACCACCCUCCACCCGGAGGGGGACGACGGCACGGUGGUGGUGGAGUCGUACGUGGUGGACGUGCCGGCAGGGAAUACUAGGGAGGACACGCGCGUCUUCGUCGACACCAUCGUCCGUUGCAACCUCCAUUCGCUGGCAGGCACCGUCGAGAACCUGGCCAGGUGCCCGCCGGAAACAAAGUAAAUUGCUCUCCCAAGCCUCCCAUGGCUUCCACCACCACCACCACCACCACCACCGUCCCUCUUGCAUGCCCACUUGGAAGGAGACGACGGCAUUGCCGUGCUAUUUAUUAUUGCCGAGCUAAUCAAACAUUGGAAGACUUUGGAGAAACUCCUCCCAACUUGUUUCUAUUUCGUUUUUGUUUUUUGUUUUCCCUCUCCUUUUUAGUCACAGAAGAAGCCGUCGUGGAUGAAAUGCCUUAGCUUAGUUUGUUUAUACAAAAGCCGAAAAAGAUGUUGGUUGUAAUGCGCUACUCAAAGUCUGGGCUUCUUUCUUAUCGUUCUGUUUUUGUGGUCUUGAUUGGCGUAUGUGUUUCCCUGAGCAGUGGAUGAUGACGAGAACUGAGAA